UCGACGCGACCGAUCCGGACUCACGCACUCGCCGGCGCUCCGGUUAAGCCACCGAGGACUCCGAGUUUCGUUGACGAAAUGGAGAACGAGUUCCCCCCUUUCGCCGUUUCGAUGAUCGUGCGAACGCGGCUUAUUAUAUUUUGAUGAAGUGCAGUCCUUCGCCGUGCGCGUCUUUCGUCUAGUGUUCCCGGCAAGUUGAUUUUUCGGCUCUGAGACUGAGACCUGUCAAGACUCGGGCUUGUUGUUAGUGCGAGGUCGGGAAUUUUCCGGGAGGAAACAAAGUUUUCCAGUACGAUUUCCGACCCAAGUGACCCGACAAAGCGGCAGAGAUAUUUCUUAUCUGCGUUCAAAAUGAUAGGGAAACCAGCCUCGAAAGAGGCUCGUUGGUUCUCGAUAUGCUUCAUGGAAAAGAAACGUGAUUCAAGGAUGGAUUUUAGUUUCUGAAGACAUAGUUGGUGUAUCGAUACGGACAGAAUCGCUGUUUAUGUGUCAACGAGAAUUGAUAGCUGAUCGAGUCAGUGAGCGAAAUCAGUGAAACUCGCGCUUGGAAUGUAGCAUCUCAAACUGGUUGAGAGAAGAGUGGAGACAGAAAGACGGUGAAUUAGCGAGAAAAAACUUGGGGAGAAAUGAAUAUAUUCGGUAAGUUUUUUCCGUCCUGUGUAUAUAAAUGGUAGUAGCGUCGAUAUACAUGCGUAGAAACAAAAUGGCCGCCACUCGAUGCGAAAUUUAUGAGGUGGUCCAGAUCAAAUUGGUCGUGCAAUAAAUUUUAACGCUCGUCGAACUCUUGAAUCCAUCGUAAUCUGGUCCUCCCGAACAAAAGGUUCUCUCCUAAUUAAUCCUCUUCGUCGACAUUCCAUCAUUCAUUCCCACGACGACUCGAUGAAGACACCCGCUGUUUGAAACGUAAAUCUUCUCGGCGGAAGCCGAUACCAAGCGUCGAGUUCUCGCGAGGAGGAAGGAGACACCAUGUCGGAACGCGGCGAUAGCGACGUGGACGCGACGGAGGAGAUCAACGUGGACGACUCGGAUUCUCGCAGCUGCAGUCCGCGAAAUUACGCGAGCCACGACGGCCGUCACGUGUCCCAGGAGACGUCCGAGUGCUCCACUUCGCCACCCCCGAGUCAAACCGGCGCGAGGACGCUGCCGAACGACUCUUCCCGGAGCCACCCGUUCAGCAUAAGUCGCCUGCUGGGCGACAGCGGCGUCCGAAACCCUCCGAAGAGCCCGUCCUCGGAAGAGCCUGACAGCGACAAGGAGAGAAAAUGGUCCUGGGAGGAGGGCAACAACAAUAACAACAACAAUCAGACGUCUCUGGGCGGCGUCCUGGACGAUGGCAGACGGUCCUGGGGACACGAUGCCGAGGAGAAGCUGUCGGAGAAGGACGACGACGACAGCACGCCCGACACUCGCGCCAACUCGUCCUCGUCCAUUCACUGCGCCUCGGCGGCGGACCUCCUCGCCCCCUUCCGGCUCUUCCCUACCGGUACCAAUCUCAUCUACACCGGCGGCGGGGUCAUAAGGGUACCGGCGCAUCGGCCGCCGGGGGCGAACGGUGCGCCGAGCGGCGCUCUACCUGCACAGGCCCUGAUACCACCCUGGAGCCUGCAGGCCCUCCAGCACAGUCAGCAACAGGCCGCGGCGGCGGGUCUUCACAGGGCGAGUCUCUUGGCGAACCUCGCCGCGCAUCCCCUGCAGCCCCAUCCGCAUCUCAAGGAUAGAUUAGCAGUGGCCGGAGCAUUUCCGAGGCGGAUCGGCCAUCCCUAUCAGAACCGAACGCCGCCGAAGAGGAAGAAGCCGAGGACCAGCUUCACGAGGCUGCAGAUCGCCGAGCUGGAGAAGCGUUUUCACAAGCAAAAGUACUUGGCGUCCGCCGAACGGGCGGCGCUGGCCAAGUCCCUGAAGAUGACGGACGCGCAGGUGAAAACCUGGUUCCAAAACAGGCGGACGAAGUGGAGGAGACAAACGGCGGAGGAGCGGGAGGCCGAGAGACAGGCCGCGAAUCGGCUGAUGCUGUCCCUGCAGGCCGAGGCCCUCGGCAAAGUGGCGUACCCGACGACAGUGUCCGGGCAUCCCGGUGGCACGCCGGUGUCCAGUUUGGACAGCAGGCAGCAGUCGUCGGCGACGACAUUGACCCAUCCUGGGGUGGGUCAAUGGGCCUCCCCCUACGGCCCACCGCAGCCUCUCGCCGAGCCAAUUUGCUGAAGCGCGACGACGUAGAUCUCCGGGAGAGUCUCGCCAAGUGAAUCGUCUUCGCUCCAUCAUCUUCGUCUCGUCUGCGUCCGACGAAGAUCAGAUCGGAACGAAGAGUCGGAUAUCAAAGUCGCUCGUUCUUCAAUUUCGAUCAAUGUACGUUCCGUUCCUUCAUUUGCUUCACGAGAUUAGCGAACGACGGGACGCUCAUUCCGCUCAUCGAUCGAUCGAUAUAAGGUAACGAUAAAGGAGAUUUUUUUUUCAUUUGUUUUUCUAGAAUAGUUAUACGAGACGUAGGCUACAUUCUAGAGCAUCGCCUUCCUUCUGCCUUACGAUAUUCAGGCGACAACCAUGAACACGAACGUCCUAAAGAGCACCGCGAAAUCGAACAUAUGUACAUUGCCUUACGCACCACGUAUUCUCGGAGCUGUAACGCUUGUUUUAGCCGCAGCUCGAGGUUUUGCCAUAUUAUUGUCACGACUUUAAGCAGUUAAGCGAUCGCGCGGUCGAUAUAUCAUCGAUACGACACGAUAAUCGUCCUGAAUCUAUCAUGUACGAACAAUCGGAUCGCAUUAAAAGCGUCCGUUCUUCCUCGCGAGAUGAGAUUGUCGCAAUUAACCCCGGUUGAUGCGACAUUAUCGACAUGUCCGUGUCUCGAUUCGACGAAAUAGAGCUGCGAGAGCGAGAGAAAUCCUCUCCGAAUGUUAUUUUCAGAUUGCGUCAAACGUGUCCGAACGUUUCGAUAAUGUCCCACCGUAUUGACCUACUCGAUCCUUUUCUAAGGGGAAGCUGCACGUUGCGCAUCGCGUCGAGAGAAAUCAUCGAUUGCAAAAGAGCGAAGAGAUUAAGGUCCGUAUUUACAUCCUCAUUCAACAUCGCAUUUCACGCUGCCCGUGUGUGUGUGUGUGUGUGUGACCCGGUAAAUUCUAAAUUUUAUUCUAGAUGCAUUAGCGAGUAAUCAGCUGAUGAAUAUUGCUGAAAGGGAGAGAAAGAGAUUUUCAAUUUUUUCCUUUAACGAAUAAAGAUAUUUUUUCAUCGUCAAAAUGUAAAUGCGGGCCUAACGGAACAGUUGACAUAUCUUGUGUACAUAUUAGGCGCCAUAGUUGUAAUUAGACAUUAUACUUGUACGAUAUGAAAUAUACUUGUAUACGCAAGAAAAUGCGCUGUCGUGCCAACGUAUCGAUGGCGUUCUCUUUGAUUGUUAUAUGCGUCCUGUAUAUAUUACUUCGCGCAACGCGCGACAAGAAAUGCAAUCAAGAUCACAUUAUAUCCCGGAAUAUUAUUAUGAUGAUUAUUAUUAUAUUAUAUAUUGCUACCCAUACACAUCACACACUCACACACACAUGUACACCCCUCACUACGAUCGUCGUCGUCAUAUGAUUAGGUAUGUAUAUUUUUAAAUUAAGAGUUCAGUCGUAAUUAUAUUAUUAUAGCGAACGAUGUGAUGUUAUGUAAGUACAUGUAACGUUGUAUAUACGAGAAAAAGAAUUGAAAUGCAUAUAUAAAAUGGUUUAACUGCUACACAAUCCUCGCUAUCUAAUUAUAACAUCCUUUCGAGAACGACCGCGCCGACACUGGU